AUGGAUGGUUCGCAAUCCCAGCCUGGUCAGCAGCCUGGCCAGCAAUCGCAACAGCAGCAGCAACCACAGCAAUCUCAGCCACAGCAACAACCCCCACCACAACAACCACAGCAGCAACAGUCCAUGAUGCAGCCCCAGCAGCAUUCCAACCUGAUACGGACCGAUCAAGUACAGAAGCUCCCCCAUCUGAACGACCAGCAGAAGGCUCAGCAUACGGCGUUGGUGCGCAGUCUGUGGGAGGCGAUCAACACUCGAGAUCCGCAAAGUCAUGAAUACCAAACCGCCCACAUGAAGCUUUCGCAGUUGUCGCAAAACUUGAUGAAGGGGAUGCGCAUGUUUCAGCAAAAUCGACAGCAGGCUCUCCAGCAACACCAAGCCCAAGCCGCUGCGGCUGCGCAGCAGCAGCAGCAACAACAGCAGCAGCAGCAGCAGCAAGCGAAGGUCAACGCCCUCAACUUCUACUUGCCGCCCAACGUGACACAGGAGCAGGUGCAAAAUUGGAUUCCCGAGGCGCGGCUGCGAUAUGGUAUUGCACUUCAGAAGCAGGAAGUUGGUAGAGCGCGGAUUGCGGACCUUCGACAGCAAUUUGCGCAGCGACAGACUCAAGGCAACAUGACCCAGGAGGAAAUGCAAGAGUUCAAAAACCGACAGCUGGCAGCCGAGAAACUGUUCCGCGAAGGAAGCGAAUUCCUGCAAAAGUUCAAGGAACAGCAAGAUACUUUCAAAGCUCAGUCUCAUCCUGGCCAGCCGCAGAUGAGCCAACAACAAGGCCAGCUGACAGGCGCACCUGCUGCCCAGCAGCCAGCGGUGCCUGCCGGAGCCGCGCAGAAUGCGACUGGAUCACAAGCCGUUCCUUCAGGCCAGUCUGGCGUUGCAGCGAGUGCGAUCCCAGGGCAAGCGCCAACCCCUGCACCUCACACGAUCAACUCCGCUGUCAAUGCAGCUCGCAACCAAGCCGGCCCUGCCAUGUCCCCUACGAUCUCGCAAGCCGGCCAGGUUCCACCCACUAAUUCGGCAGGUGCUACUCCUGCUCCCUCACACGCGCAACCACCUGCGCCUCGUCCAUCUCUACAACACGGAACACCAGGUGCACAGGUGAGCUUCUCUCAGGCCCCAAAUGUGGACGGCCCUACAACUACGCCGACUGGCCCUAGUGCACCAAUGAAUCAAGGGCCCCCAAGACCUCUUUCCCAACAGGCUGCUAUGCAACAAGCUGCCACUUACAACACUGCCGCUCAAGGCCAGCAACAAAGCCAGCAAGUCAACCAAGCUUCGGCCAAUCAGCAGGCUCAGACUUCAGGAUACCUUGUCAACCGCUCAGCAGAGACGCCCAAUCGCAAUAUCACCACCCAUAUGGUAGUUCCCAGAAACCUCAACGUGUCUACCCCCGAACCAGUUUCAAUGCCUGGUUCGCGUCCUACCUUCUCCGGUGGUCCCAGCCACAGCCAGAUGGGCGUGAUGGGACAGCCUGCGAUUCAAAAACACCCUGGAUACGUCCUUGAAGGUGAAGGCCAGCACGUACUCAGCAAGAAGAUGCUUGACAUCCUUGUCCGCCAGGUCACAGGUGGAGGCGAAGGUGAAAUGCUUUCACCAGAUGCAGAGGAGUUUAUGCUUCAGAUGGCCGAUGACUUCGUCGACGACGUGAUUACUCAGGCCUGCCGUCUGGCCAAGUUGCGCCCCUCAUCAACCCUGGAACUCCGCGACAUUCAGCUCAUCCUGGAGCGGAAUUACAACAUGCGCAUCUCUGGCUUUGCUACUGAUGAUCUUCGGACCGUCAAGAAACCUCAACCUACGCAGGGCUGGCUACAGAAGAUGUCUGCAAUUCAGGCGGCCAAGGUCACUCAGGGUCGGACUGAAUGA